AUCACAGAGAAGAGAAGAGAAGGAAAUGUGAACCAGUGUGACGCGACGUCGGCUUUUUCCACCUGCUUUGAAACCGGGAAAGCGUGUGUCGAUGGUCUUUACAGCGGUUUUCAACUUGUGUGAACCACACGGAGCCCGAAGCACUUGAAGAUGAUGCUCAACUUUUUCCCCGUGCGGAAAUUCAAGCGCAACGGCAGAUACAUUGUGUUCGGGGCGGUGCUGACUGUCGCGUUACUGGCGGUAUAUCUGGAGUUCAUGGCCACGAGCGACGAGUGGAGCAGCACUGGUGUAACCAUCCACAGUGAAAGCAUUGCUUGGGCCAAAGCUGCUGCUCAACAAGCGGCUCAUGACGAUAAUCAUGAUAAAGACAUCUGGAAACCAAAAAACACUCAACAGACAUGGAGGGUGGAGUAUAAAGGAAUGGCGAAUCUUCACGUCUUUGAGGACUGGUGUGGCACAUCUAUAGCUCAACUACGGAAGAAUCUACAUUAUCCACUAUAUCCUCACGUAGGUGUUAUAUCUGUACAGAUGACAUAUCUGCCAUAUAUACACNNNUAUACUGAUGGUGACUUUCUUUUUGCAGUGGCAUCUGAUGAUAACAGUGAGUUUUGGCUCAGUGAUGAUGAGAAUCCAGACAAUCUGAAGCUCCACGCUUACGUUGGAAAGACAGGCAGAGAAUGGACCGCCCCAGGGGAAUAUGGGAAAUAUGCCAGUCAGAUAUCAAAUCUCAUUCCUCUGCAAAAGAACAGUAAAUAUUUCUUUGAGCUUAUCCACAAACAAAACGAUAAAGGAACAGACCAUGUGGAGGUUGCGUGGUGCCUCAAACAGAUCGGGAAUGGAUUUUCAAUCAUUGAUUCCAAGUUCAUCUCCCUCUACACCAAUGAGUCCUCUCUGAAGGCAGCAGAUGUCAAUCACAUUCCUCAGACCAUUGCCAGUCAUGUGACUCCGCUCCAGAGGUCACCUCAGACUCCGCCCCAUGGAGUAGACAUGCUGAGAGCAGAUCCACGUGACUCGUUUCAUCAGGUUCCAUUAUUGGACAGGGCACGUUUGCAGGGAGUUUUACCUGACUGUAUUUAUAACCCCAGCUACAGCAUAAAGGGAUAUCCUUUAAUGCGCUACCAAGGCCUGCAGUUUGUGCACCUGACGUACGUGUAUCCUAAUGACUACACACGGCUCACACACAUGGAGAACGAUAACAAAUGUUUCUACAGUGGGAAUCCAUAUUACCUGGAAAGAUACGGCUUCUCAAACUACAUUCAACUGGAUUUGCCUGAAAAUGAGGAGUUAGUCAUCAAAUACAAAGGAGACGGCAUGCUAGGAAGAGCCGUGAAUCUGGGCAGAAAUGAAGAUGAGGGCUUUCAGAAAGCUGGAAAGUAUGAGGAGAGGAAGCAAAUGAAAGCUAUGGAGAGGAACAAGGCUCUCCCGGAUUAUGGAGACGAUUUUGAUGAUUAUAUAAUGAAGAGACGCCGCAAUCUGUUUUCUGUCCAGAAACAUGGCAGAAUCCGAAAAAAGAGGGAAGACGGGGACCUAAACAACAAAUUUCAACAGAUGGACCAAGACAACCAACCUAAGGCAAUCCAAAAACCACCUGGAGAACCACAGAACCACCCAGAGGAACCACAGCAGCAACCAAGAAAGAAGAAGAAAAGGAGACGUCCUGAACAAAACCUACAGGAUCAACACUACCUCCAAAACCCACCUUCUGAGUUGAAGAACUAUGACCUGGGAAAAGAAAAAGACUCGCAGCGGUUUCAGAAUAAAGUCAUGGAGAAGAUACCUGACCAGAAGAAUCCAGGACCAGCUCAGAGAGAAGAUCGCUCGAGGUCAAAGGUGAAACAACAAGUGGACCAAUCUCUCACUCCGGAUGAUAGAAUUGAGCUCCACCUGCGUAAAGCCAAAUACAGCAAUAGUAGUGAUGGAAAUCCAAAUCUUUUGGCAGUCAGAGACAGAAAUAUUCCCAUGGAGAACAUACGAGAAGCCAGUGAGAUGAAGCAAAGAUCAGUGACCAACUCUGCCGUGUUUGAUGAGGUCCAGAAGGAACGUCAUGAUCUUGUGAAUCGGAUGGGUAAUCGGAAAGUCUAUCUUGGAGAACAUGUGGACAGGGCACCCAAGAACACAUUAGAUGAGGUUAAAGAUAAACGGCCUUCCUUGGAUGGGAAUGAAGUCAAAGCAGAACCGAUAAAAAGGCUCAAACACCCAAAACAUAACGCAGAUGAAGCCAUGCAAUUUUUGAAGGACAACCCUGAAAAGGCUGUAGAAGAUGACAACAAUAUUAUCAAGCACGAAAAUGUGGCUCAUCAUCUCCAAAUUACCCAACAUCAACACCAAAACUCAUCGAAUAAGGCAUCGGUCAUCGCGGCUCCAUCUAACGAAAAAUAUAACAGCCGCUGGGGUAAUGUGAAGGACGUCAGAAAGGAAAAGGAGAUUCAGGAUAAUGCGAUACAUAUAGAAGAGGUCGAAGAUGAAGGAGAUGAAGACGAUGCUUGGGUGAGCCAGGGUUUCUCAGAGGACGAAGACUAUGACCUCACAAACAGGGUUGUGUAUGACGUGGAAGUCAAGUGGUGUCAGACGUUCCAGGCUAAACCCCUAGAUCUGCAUGCCUUGCGCUCCGACUGGAUCGAUCUGAAGUGUAAUGUGUCUGGAAACCUGCUGCUUGAGGAGUCAGAAGCGUUGUCUGUAGUGGAAGCUCUCAUGAAGAAACUAAACAAGAAAUAUCCAAGGCAGUUCUCUCUAGAGCGUAUUGUGAACAUUGAGAAGAAGCCUGAUUACAAUCGUGGCAGUAGAUAUCUACUGGAACUGGAAUUGUUGGAGGCUUCAGGACGCCACCUGCGCCUGGUUCAGUACAUCUAUGUGAAAAGAACUGAAGACUGGGGUUCUCACAAAAAACAAAAUGCUCAGGGUGAAGAACUUAAGCUUUGCGAUCCAUAUAGCUUCUACUGGAACCCGACUGCUACUGUCCACUUCAUCAUCCCAGUGAAGAACCAGGCCCGUUGGGUGCAGCAGUUUAUUUCAGACAUGGAGGAGAUAUACCGCACCACUGGAGAUCAGAACUUCAACGUCAUCAUUACUGACUAUGAAAGCACUGAUAUGAACAUAGAACAAGCACUACAGAACUCUUAUUUACCCAGGUAUCAGUACCUCAUGUUAAGUGGAAACUUUGAGAGAUCAGCAGGACUUCAGGCAGGAAUAGACCUCAUUACUGAUGAUCACAGUAUUGUGUUUCUUUGUGAUCUGCACAUCCAUUUUCCACCUGGCUUCAUCGACACUGUGAGAAAACACUGUGUGGAGAGGCACAUGGCCUUUGCUCCGAUAGUCAUGCGACUGAACUGUGGCGCUACACCUUUGGAACCUGAUGGUUAUUGGGAGGUCAAUGGCUUUGGUCUUCUGGGCAUUUAUAAAUCAGACCUGGACUCCAUUGGGGGCAUGAACACCAAAGAAUUCACUGACCGCUGGGGCGGAGAGGACUGGGAACUACUGGACAGCUGUUGA